AUGGACUUACCGCCCGUCAACCUCGCCGAGCUGCUUCGGCACCCCGAUGAUCUCGACAAGAUCACCGCCCUGAAGGCCGAAUUCAUGCGGAAAAAGGCAGCUGUCGACUCCCAACUGCGCAGCGGCCUGCGAGAGCAGCUCGAGACGACACAGGCCGGCAUGAACGGCCUGGCUGACGGGCAAAGGACGGUACAGCAAAUCAAGGAGGAGAUGAUGAAAAUCGACAAGAUUUGUUCCGAGUCGCAAGACAUGAUCACCGACUUUGCUACCAUCAACCUGGUGUCCCAAGCCCACCGCAACUUUGGCGCCGUCGAGACUAUGCGCCGCAACCUCGAGACUUUCAGCGAGCGCUUGGACGCUAUCGACAGGAUGUUAAACGAGGACGACGAGGACCCCGAAAACAUGCCCAACCUACUGGCUAUUCACUACGAGUUGACGCAGCUCCGUAAUAUCCGAGACGAUGCCAUUGAGCAAAUACAGAGGGGCGACGAUCCAGGCCUGCAGUCCACACUAGAGGAUUACUUCUCCCGCCUGGAUAAAUACAUUGAGUGGUUCGAUGUGAAUAUCACCCUCGUCGCCAUGAGUUUGAUCAACCUGGUUAUUGCGGACAACAACAGUCUGGUCGUACGUUUCGCACUGAUAAUAGAAGCUGAGGAAAAGAGCGAUCAGAGGGUUUUGGCCUUGCAAGAAGCGCUGAAGGAUCACAAGGAAAUGGCCACACGCUUCCAGAGCAUAACCGACGGCGCCAAGACGGUCAGGGGCUAUAAGGACAAGUUUUUGAAGGCUAUCAAGACCUUUGCCGAGGACCAGUUCAAAGAGAGCAAGGAGAAGUUCUUGGGUGAUCCGGAUAUGCUCGACAAGUCCUUGAAAUGGUACUUCAACGAUCUGAACGCCGUCAAGAUCGGCAUGACGCCGCUUAUGCCCAAGAAGUGGAAGAUAUUCAAGACAUGGGCCACCAUUUACCACGGCUUGAUGCAUGACUAUCUCAUCGGGCUCAUCGACGAUCCGGAGACCAGCUCGGCACAUACUUUAGCCAUAAUCAGCUGGCCUGAGGCUUACUAUCGCAAGAUGACCAAGUUGGGAAUGAAGCAGGACGAACUAACACCACAUGUGAUCGACAACCGCGAGGCAGAACUGGUGCGCGACUUCCGCGCCCUCAUCAUCAAGUUCCUCGACGAAUGGAUCGACCGUAUCUACAAGCAAGAGUGCAAGGACUUUGUCGACCGCAACGUCGAGGGUGGCAACCUCGACCAGGACGAGUAUGGAUACUUCCGCACCAAGAACCUGGUCGAUUUGUGGCGCAUGCUCCGCGAACAGGUCGAUGCCGCGGGCAACUCGAAGCGUGCCGAUGUUGUGGAAGGCGUCAUCGACACCAUGUUUCAGCGCUUGCGCACCCGCCAGCAGUCCUGGCAGAAGAUGCUCGAGGACGAAGCCGCGCGGUACGAGGUGCAACCCCCACAAGGCCAACCAGAGCUGGACGGCUUCCAGCCACUGCAGGACUGGCUCGUGGCGACAGCCAACGACCAAAUCGCCUGCAUCGACGACAACGAGGAUGAAGGCCGGAUGGCGUACCUUUCCGACUUCCGGCGUAAAUUCAGCACGCUCGUGUCGCCGCAGUACAUGGACCGGGCCGAGACGGAGAUCACGGCUCUGCGCGACGGCUACGUCGACCUGAGCACGUGGUGCAUGACCAAGUUUGCCCAACUGGUGUUCGCGGUCGACUUCCGCACCGUCAUGCCCGACUUCUUCACCCCCCGCUGGUACACGACCAACGCCAUGGCGCGCAUGAUCGCCACGUUCGAGGAGUACGUGUCCGACUACAAGAUGGUGCUGCACCACUCGCUCGUCGACAUCUUCAUCGAGAUCUUUGCCGAGGAGCUGCUCAUCCGCUACCUGUCAUCAGUCCGCAACAAGGGCGCCAAGUUCCGCAGGCAGGAUAACUUCCAAGACAAGAUCUUUGACGAUCUCUCGACCGCCUUUGACUUCUUCAACAACUUGCCGAACCCCGACGUGGGAAAUGCCAUCAAGGAGACGUGGCGCGUGUCGGAGCCGUUCUUACAGUUGUUGACGGUCGAUAAAGAGGCGGUGCCGGACGCGUUUGCAGAGUUCAAGAGCCAGUAUUGGGAUUUGCAGAUCAGCUGGGUCGAGGCAGUGUUGAGGUCCAGAGACGAUUUUGAGAGAAGCAUGUUAAAUGCGGUCAAGGCUAGGGCCGCCCAGAUGGACGUUGUCAGAGGGCCGGAAACUAUCAUGAGCAAGGGAGUUGGAAGUUCUAUGCAUAUAAUGAUACCAGCUUUUGUAAGCUACAGCGAAGACAUUUUCGAGAGUAAAUAAGAGAACCGAAGGCCAGUCUAAUGGUGGGUGGUUGUCCGUCACUUGAAAUGCUGCCUUUAACUUCCAUCAUUCAUGCAACCACAUAAAUAUUCUUCAGAGUCCAAACUCCGGCUCGCUAAGCGUGCCCUUCUGGUUCGACCCAAACAUGCAAAUGCCGAUAGAUACUACGCGACUGGUCCGCGUCUGAGGGAAGGAAAAAGAAAAAGAAGAAAGCAAUAUACAAGAAACAGUGACGUCCAGCCACCACCGACGCCAUUAUACGAAAAACAAGCAACAACAACUCUGUGUGACUAUGUAAAAUCUGUGCCUAAGCAUCAUUAGCUCAUGGUAGUGUCCGUGACGUUCUGUGUCCCGCCGCCAGACCUCUUUGUCUGUCUCUGUGUCUGUCUCAAUGUUCUGUCGUGAUGUGUUUGUACUGUAUUACCAUUUCCCUCUUCUUGAUCCGUUGAUGAGCAGCGAAGAC